AUGAUUACUCUGCGCCUGAUCACUGCUCUAUCAGGCAUCUAUUUUUCAUCCGCGGCAGUGCUACAGCCUGCACAGUCUCUCGCACAAGCAAAUCCAGCGACUGUUCCAGCUUUGCCGGCCGAAGUCCUCAACCAACAGACAACGAACGGGUCCUUAGUUGUUCUUCAACAACCUAGACCUCCUGAGCGAUGGGAUACGGCUUCCCUUUCACAUAUCAACCUGACGGCCCCUAUCCGAUUCAAUUGCGUGUGCGACGAAAGGCGGUUUGGCCGAGACCUCAACCCACGAAGCUGCCUGGACGCAUGGACACGGAUCCCAGCGAUAGAAAGGGAGUUGAGUUUCGGGCCUCGCAGGAGAACGGACCGUGAUCCCACGUAUGACGUCUACCUUCCGAAGCGGUAUCUGAGCCCGGAUGGGACCUGCGCGAUCGAGCCCAGAAUCAGACCAGGCAUGAUGUCUGCGAGAGCGAAGCCAACGGAUGCCGGGUUGGCAGCCCUGGGGAUCAUUCGGCACUGCGCUUCUGAUGGCAUUCCGCCGACUGGAGGGUUCGCAAAUAAUUUUGGAGGAGACAACAAUCUCGGAGUAGCCGUAAAGCUGUUCAAAUCUGAAGCGGAGUGUGGGACCGGGACGUUUUCCCCAAGCUUCCUACAGUCCUGCAAUAGCCUCGCAGAUCGUAUGCCUGCUACCGCGACAAAUAGUACCUUUGGGUCGAGCUGGACCCACCCGCAAUACAAGACGCCUUUCGAUUGGAAGUCUCCCGACGGGAUGUGUCAUGCACGCAUCAACGUGAGAUCGACGCAGGUGAGGAAAGGGAGCUGGUAUAGAUUGUGGGAGGCUGUCAUUGCAAUCAAUGCCGUGUGUAUCUCAGUGGGGAAGGGAGGGAUCUGGCAUGGUCUUAGUGAUGACGAUGAUCUCUCGAUUUCAGUUUGGGCCGAGGACCCGUUGUCCGCAUUGGCAUACGGCAAUGUGACUCUCGUAUCUACUUCGUGA